AUUUUUAUAUUAUAUCAAGACAUCCUUCAACGACUUGACAUUCAUUCUCUGUUGAACUUGUCUGCUAAAUUACCAGACGGCAGUCGCUACUAGUCGUCUAGUGACUAGUCCAAGCACCUACUUGUAUUUCCGGUUCUCCACUAAACAGGUCCAAAAACUUUGAUAUGAAUUCUUCUGAAAAGGAUGAAAUUCCAAUGUUGUCUGUUAAUCCUAAACAAUUAUCGGAUGAGUAUGAAGAUUCCACAUUUGAUAAGUUUCCAUCGUGGUCCAAAAGUGUCUCUAUGUCUGCCCGUAUGAGUUCUACAACAUCUUGGCACGAAAGUAAUUUUAUAGGGCGUACUUCAAGAAAUGAAAGACCUUCAUACGUGCAAAUGAGUGGUCCCUUAUAUGUUAAAAGCAAGCCAGAAAAUUUUUAUGAUGCAAAACUUGAAGUCCCAGGACAACAGGAUAAAUUGUUAUCGACUUACAAGCAUCCUACAAAUGAUGGAAUGAGCACAAGUGGAUUGGUGCACAAUACUCAUAAUGAUAAAAAUGAACAUUUGCUGCGAUCUGGUCAACUGGGAAUGUGCAAUGACCCAUACUGUACAACUUGUCCGUCAUAUUACAAUGAUAGGCCUCCAAAAGGAAAAAGGGGGAAAAUUUCUGAUUUAUAUGAUUCAAAGUUUCACAAUGAUCUCUAUGGAGAUGCUAAAGGAUGGGCAAAAAGAUUAUAUUCUUUUUUGCUUUCAUAUGUCCCAGGAGUUAUAAAUCCACAUGCUAAAGUUAUUCAGAAAUGGAACAGAGUUUUUGUCAUCUCCCUCCUUAUUGCAAUUUUCGUUGAUCCCUUGUUUUUCUUUGUGAUAUCCGUUUUAGAGGAUUCAAAGUGCAUAGUCAUGGACUGGGCCAUGUCAAUCACAAUGGUAGUUUUCAGAAGCUUAACUGACUUCAUUUACGUUUUCCAUAUUUUUCUUCAGUUCAGGCUGGCUUAUAUUGCUCCUGAAUCCAGGGUGGUUGGUGCUGGAGUCUUGGUUGAUGAGCCUAGAAAAAUUACCCUUCAUUACCUUAAAGGAUUUUUUCUGAUUGACUUUUUCGCCGCACUGCCGAUUCCUCAAAUCAUCAUAUUGUUUGUUCUUCCAAAAUCCCUAGGUUCAUCUGGUGCAAAUUAUGCAAAGAAUCUCCUUCGUUUUGCCAUUCUUGUUCAAUAUGUACCAAGAUUGAUUAGGUUUCUCCCAUUGUUGAUUGGGCAAUCAUCCAUUGGCCUCAUAUUUGAAUCAGCAUGGGCAAAUUUUAUUAUUAAUCUCCUCACAUUUGUUUUAUCCGGGCAUGCGGUGGGCUCAUGUUGGUAUCUUUUUGGUUUACAGAGAGUGAAUCAAUGUCUGCGAGAUGCUUGUCGGUAUUCUAAAAUUGAUUCUUGUAUGAACUUUAUUGAUUGUGGGUAUUCGCAACCACUACAACAUUCCAGAGCUAUUGGGUGGGAGGUCUGGACAAAGAAUAAAAAUGCUACCCAAUGUUUUAUACCAGAAAGUUAUUUUGAUUAUGGGAUCUAUAAAAAGGCAGUGAACCUUGUCACAAUAGAUAGUUUUGUGAAGAGAUAUAUAUAUUCCUUGUUUUGGGGAUUCCAGCAAAUUAGUACUUUGGCGGGCAAUCAAGAACCAAGCUACUUUGUUUGGGAAGUUCUUUUUACAAUGACUAUAAUUGGGGUUGGUCUCCUACUCUUCGCUUUACUGAUUGGAAACAUGCAGAACUUCUUGCAGUCUCUUGGUCGUAGGAGGAUGGAGAUGUCAUUUAGAAGGCGUGAUGUUGAGCAAUGGAUGAGCCAUCGUCGUUUGCCUCAUGAUUUAAAAAGGAAAGUCUUAGAAGCAGAACGUUACAGCUGGGCUGCUACUAGAGGCGUAAAUGAGGAGUUAUUAAUGGAAAAUCUUCCAGAGGAUCUUCAAAGAGAAAUAAGACGUCAUCUUUUUAAAUUUGUUGAAAAUGUCCGUAUUUUCACUCUAGUGGAUGAGAAAGAGCCUAUUUUGGAUGCUGUUUAUGAGAGGCUUAAACAUAAAACAUAUAUCAAAGACAGUGAAGUUUUAUAUCACGGAGGUUUGAUAGAUAAGAUGGUAUUUAUUGUACGAGGAAAAAUAGAAAGCGUUGGAGAGGAUGGUAUAGUAGUUCCCUUGUCUGAAGGAGAGGUGUGCGGUGAAGAACUACUUACAUGGUGCCUUGAGCAUUCUUCUGAAAACAAAGAUGGAAAGAAAGGUAAGAUUCCCGGACAGAGAUUAUGGAGCAACAGGACUGCAAGAUGUUUAUCAAAUGUCGAAGCAUUUAUACUUAGAGCUCGGGAUCUUGAAGAAGUUACAAGUCUUUUUCCAAGAAUACUGAGGAAUCCUCGUAUCCAAGGAGCUAUAAGGUAUGAAUCCCCAUAUUGGAGAUGCCUUGCUGCUAUGCGGAUUCAAGUUGCCUGGAGAUAUAGAAAGAAGCGACUGAACCGCAAGGCAGUUUCAUUUGUUUGAGAGGCACUCCCAAAAAGGGUCCUUUAUGCGCACCGAUCUGUUGGAGCUGAAAGGAAUACCAUCUGUAGAUAAACGUGCACAGUUCUCUUGCAGAUAAACAAAGCAUUAUGCACCUUGAUACAUGUAGCUCAUAAGUAGUUCCAUUUGAAUAGGGUGACUUGUAUUUUAUUGUGGCUUGUGCUCCUUUGUAGGUGACAAAAAAAUGAAAGACCAGAAAAUUAGAAGAAUAAUACAGGUAUAUAAUGAUAACUUUAUUGUAGGAAAAUAAUCCUUUAGUCUCGAGUAAAAACUUAUUGUUUAAGAAUAGAAAACAGAAUGGAUAACAAAAGGUAUAUAAUCCUUUGUUCCUUGUGUUUACAUUAUGCAAAUUAAAAUGGAAGUUUUAUAAA